GUGCCAUCAUGAUGGAGAAGCCCAAUGUGCGGUGGAGUGACGUGGCCGGCCUGGAGGGAGCCAAGGAAGCCCUGAAGGAAGCCGUGAUCCUGCCCAUCAAGUUCCCACACUUGUUUACCGGGAAGCGCACGCCCUGGCGAGGGAUCCUGCUCUUCGGGCCUCCUGGCACCGGCAAGUCCUACUUGGCCAAGGCUGUGGCCACAGAGGCCAACAACUCCACCUUCUUCUCCGUGUCUUCCUCGGACCUGAUGUCAAAGUGGCUGGGAGAGAGCGAGAAGCUGGUGAAGAACCUCUUUGAGCUGGCGAGGCAGCACAAGCCCUCCAUCAUCUUCAUCGAUGAGGUGGACUCGCUGUGUGGCUCCCGCAAUGAGAACGAGAGCGAGGCGGCCCGGCGCAUCAAGACGGAGUUCCUGGUGCAGAUGCAGGGUGUGGGGAACAGCAGCGAUGGGAUCCUGGUACUGGGUGCCACCAACAUCCCCUGGGUGCUGGACUCGGCCAUCAGGAGAAGGUUCGAGAAGCGCAUCUACAUCCCACUGCCCGAGGAGGCGGCCCGGGCCCAGAUGUUCAAGCUGCACCUGGGCAACACCCCACACUGCCUGACAGACGCCAACAUCCAGGAGCUGGCCCGGAAAACAGAUGGCUACUCGGGGGCCGACAUCAGUAUCAUCGUGCGGGAUGCCCUGAUGCAGCCUGUCCGCAAGGUGCAGUCGGCCACACACUUCAAGAAGGUCCGUGGUCCCUCCCGCACCACUCCCGGCGCCUUUGUGGAUGAUCUCCUGACGCCGUGCUCGCCUGGUGACCCAGGCGCCACCGAGAUGACCUGGAUGGAGGUGCCCAGUGACAAGCUGAUGGAGCCUAUUGUCUGCAUGGUGAGUGUGGGACCCACGGCGCGGGGCCAGGCACCUGUCCGGCCGGGUGGAGGGUGGCUCUAG